CGCGGCCACUCCCCCCGCCCCUUCCCUCACAAGGCCGGCGCCGAGAGGAACAGCGGCCGCUCCACACGCCGAGCCCGCGGCGGAGGCCCGGGGGGGAAGCAGGGACGGAGCCGCUCCUCCUCCCGGCCGGAGCCGCUGCUUCCCGGGGGGUGAAAAACAAGCAGGAAGGAGACAUGAAACCACCUUUGAGGGACGGCGAAGCGCGGUGAGGCUUCCCAGAGGAAUCUUGCCUCCUCUCGGCAGCCGUAAGCCGUUCCCAUUCUCCCCCGGGGGCGGGGCUCCUGCCGUUCCCGCCUAAACCCUCAAAGGGCCGGGCCGAUCACCCCAUCGAGGCUCGGUGGCCAUGAAGCUGCUGCGCUUGCUCUGCCGCCACAAGACAGCCCUGGGCCUGGGCGGCCUCUCGCUCUUCGCUGUAGUCCUGCUUUACCUGGCCAAAUGCACCUCCGAGGGCUUACGGCCUCUGCCGGCCCCCCGCGGGCUCCCGCACAACCAGCCCGCCGUCCUGCCGCUGCGGGGUGCCAGGGGACCGCAUCCCCCCGCAGCUCCACCGCCCUCCCCUGAGGAGACAGCCUUCCUGGCCGUGCUCAUAACCAGCGGCCCCAAGUACAGCGAGCGUCGCAGCAUCAUCCGCAGCACGUGGCUCUCGGCCGCCGGGCGCCCUCCUCACGUUGACAUCUGGAGCCGCUUCGUGAUCGGCACGGGUGGGCUCGGGGCAGAGGAGCUUCGUAGCCUGGAGCUGGAGCAGAGCCGGCACAGAGACCUCCUCCUUCUGCCAGAGCUGCGGGAUUCCUACGAGAACCUGACUGCUAAAGUCCUGGCCACGUACGUCUGGCUGGAUCUGCACCUGGAUUUCCAGUUUGCCCUAAAGGCUGAUGACGACACCUUUGUACGCUUGGAUGUGCUCGUGGAAGAGCUGAGAGCCAAAGAGCCACGUCGCCUCUAUUGGGGCUUCUUUUCUGGCCGCGGUCGAGUGAAAUCUGGCGGCAAAUGGAAAGAGAGUGCUUGGGUGCUCUGUGACUACUAUCUACCAUACGCUCUGGGUGGUGGUUAUGUGAUUUCUGCAGAUCUGGUGCACUAUUUGCAUCUUAGCAGAGACUACCUGAACAUGUGGCAGAGCGAAGAUGUCUCCCUGGGGGUGUGGCUGGCGCCCAUUGACGUGAAGAGAGUGCAUGACCCUCGUUUUGACACUGAGUAUAAGUCACGAGGUUGCAACAAUAAGUACAUAGUAACUCAUAAGCAGAGCAUUGAGGACAUGCUGGAAAAGCACCAGACCUUGGCUAAAGAAGGAAAGCUUUGUAAGGAGGAGGUUAAGCUCAGGCUUUCCUACAUGUAUGAUUGGGGAGUGCCUCCUUCGCAGUGUUGCCAAAGGAAGGAUGGCAUCCCGUGAAAGUCUGAGGGAGGAAAAGGCAGAGUGUUGGUGGACUCUGAGCUUGGAUACUGUUACUUGGGGAGAAUCCCAGUAACUAGGGCUUAAACAUUACUCAAAAGAUUCUGCACGAUUCAUUAUGUCACAGUCGAUGAAACCCUGAAACUCCUAAGAGCUACUGCUGUGGCAUGAUGUAGAGGUGUUUAACAAAAAGAAGUAGAUGACAAAAAGCACGGAAAGGCUUAUAUGACAGGAUUGAAGGCAAAUAAUAGGUUGCAAAAUACAGAUAGUCCAGAAAAUUUGGGGGACAUAACUUGGAUGAAAGUUGCUGGAAGAUUUUUAACAGAUUCUAAUAUUUAUUUGCUAAAGAUCAUGAUGGGCCUUUAUGCUAUCUCUAAGAUUGUGAAACUAGCAUCUGCUGUUUAUUUCUUGGCAAGGAACAAGUGUCAGUUGGCAAGAUUUGAAGAUUCUAAUGGGGCAGCAAAUCAGUUGCUGUUGCCAGUGGGAACAGGUGGCUGGCUAUUGACACAAGCAGUCAAGUAAAGGGAACAAUUUUACCUAGGUUAUUCACGUGAGGGGAGGGAGAGAGAGUCUGUUCUUUAGGGAGUGCUCUGAUUUACAAGAACGGAAUUAUUAGACCUUCUCUGUAACUUGUCUGUAAGCUUUUUGUUGUUUUAAAAACAUCAUGUACAUAAAUUAUCUGGCAGCUACAGAGUAACUCUACAUUUAGAAAGGUGGAUGAGUUAUGGUAUUUGGCAGAUAUAGAAUAUAUUAUCUUAUUUUGAGGGGCAAAUAUGCUACAAAGCUAGCCUUCAGUUUUUAGGCAUAUAUGUUGUUCUUACCUUAUCCUCCAAACACACUGUGUAUGAAGAAACAUUUCUGCUCCCAGCAGUAAGUAAAUCUCACUGACUACUACAAGAUCAGACAUUAUAGGCUUCAGAUUUAUAUUGUUCUGGAUUACUUCUGUAAAGUGUAAAUUAGCAGGAUUAGAUCAGUGGAAGCUAUUCAGAGUUCUAACAAGAUUGCCCUAACAUUGUUACCUCAGCUAAGAAAGUAAACUCUGUAUGUAGUCAAGAGAAAUAGGUUCCUCCACCGCCAAAUUCCUGUUUGAGGAAAACCUUGUGUCUUUUCAGGAGCGCCAUUGCAAUCUAAGGAGACUAAUCCCCAACAGUCACAUUUAGAUGCCCGGAGAUAGGCUGUGUGGAUUCCCUCCUUCUCUCUAAUAGCACCUUAUAGUGGAAUUGAAAAUAACUUUACAGGAGGUCUAAUUAGUUGCUCAAGUGAUAUGUCAGUAAGUGGGAUUAUGUCACUUAGUCCUGUCUACACUACAAACAAUUCCAGUACAGAGCUUGUCGGCAUCAGAUGCAGUAUUGAACAGUAAACGCAGAUAGGACGUUUUUGGCUGUAGAACAGAUCACUUACACAAUUCCACCAUGUUACUUAUCUUCAAACCUUUAGGUAAGUCUGUAAUUCAAACGUUUUUGAGUGGCAGGUGCUCUAAUAAACAGAAAUACUUUUUUUUUUUUCUCCCAGUACUAGUACAGAGCUACUGACUUCCAGAAAUCUUUGUCAGCUACAGCGCUUUCAGUAUAAACAGAGUUUAUACUUUUACGCCUGAAGGGCAUUCUUAAUUAUCAGUUUCACUGUUUGUCACACACUGCACUUUCAUACAAUUUCAUUUCCUCCUCUCCCUAGGUCAGUGUCUGCUCCCACCUGCAGGAAGAGACAAAUUGCAAAGAGAAAAAAAAAAAGGGGGGUGCCAAUAUCUCUGUAUCUUUGCUUCUUAAAUGAGCACGUUGGCAAUUCACACCAAAGGAAUCAAGUAGGGGGGUUUUCAUUAUUAUUCUUUUUUAUUAAAUUAUUGAGCAUUAAGAAGAGUCUUCUGCAGAGGCUGCUAAUCAUCUAUUCUGAAAAUUUGAACAAAUCUUUGACUUCUGUCUAAAACAGUUAAAUUCAGAUGUGGAAAAAAUUAUUUAGCAUGUGUCCAUUCUAAUGCAUGCUUAUGUAUUGACAGGUCGGCAGAUGUGCCCGUCAGCAAGGUGUACUAUUCCAAAACAAGAAUUUAACAGAUCACAGGAAAUUUAAAUUGGUUUUAGCAUUUAAAAAAAAAAAAUGUUUGCCAUUUGGGGUUCACUAGUAUUGUGUGUAUAUAUGUGAUUAAAUGCUUGUAAUGUAUUUAUUUAUAAUUAUUGAAAAUGUAUCAUGUAUAGGAAAAAAUAAGAUUGUUAAAUGUCAUUUUCAAUUUGUUUAAGGAGGUACUGUAAUGUCCAUGAGAAUUACAUAUUGAGUGCUUG